UUUCCAUUGGGCCAAGGUGUUAGUUACUUCAUAACGGGUACAUCACAGCAGAACUAAAAGCCCAGUCAAAGUAAAAGUAAAGCAGAAAAUGGCGGCAUCUCUGAGAAACAGAAACAGCUUCGACUUCCAUCUCUUAACCAGCUUCCUCAACUCCCCAAUUCUCCCUCGUCGACGGUGGUUGGAAACCAUAGCCUACGAAGAACUGCGAGCUCAUCCGGACAAACCUUACACUUCAACGGCCGUCUUCAUCCAUGGCUUUUUGGGAUCUGCCAGAAACUGGAGAUCUUUCUCUCGCAACCUCUUGGCCUCUCUCUCCAAUUCCUCUCCCUCUUCCAAUUGGAGAACGGUGAUGUUGGAUAUGAGGAAUCAUGGGAAAUCGUCAGAGCGGAAACUGAAUCCGCCUCAUAAUAUGGAGAAUGCGGCCAAAGAUUUGGCCGAUUUGGUAAAGGCGGAAGGUUGGUCAUGGCCUGAGGUUGUUCUAGGCCACUCCAUGGGUGGAAAGGUAGCUUUGCAAUUUGCCGAGAGUUGUUGCCGCGGUGACUACGGUGAUUCUGCUCUGCGCCCUAAACAGCUCUGGGUAUUGGAUUCUGUCCCUGGAGAGAUAAACCCUGAAAACAGUAACGAAGAAGUUCGGGAUGUUCUAGCGACCUUGCAAAGUUUACCAUCACAAAUACCAUCUCGGAAGUGGCUUGUGAGUCAUCUGAUGGGACUUGGUUAUUCUAAGGCACUGUCAGACUGGAUAGGCACCAACCUGAAAAAAGUUGGUGACCAUGAGACAUGGAUAUUUGACCUUCAAAAUGCUAAGGAGAUGUUCGAUUCUUAUUGGGAAAAGUCUUAUUGGAAUCUAUUAGAGAACCCUCCCAAAGGCAUGGAAAUAGUCAUUGUGCGUGCUGAAAAAAGUGACAGAUGGGACCAAGAUGCCAUUGAGCGGAUCGAGAAAUUAGCCCGUCGGGGAGGAUCUGACUCUCUUGGAAAAGUUUCCUUCUGUUUACUUCCAAAUGCUGGUCAUUGGGUUCAUGUGGACAACCCAAAGGGUCUUCUUGAGAUUGUGGCUUCCAAGAUCGCCACCCUUUAGUCCCUGUUUUAGUUGGACUAUGGGGUAUCCAUCGUUGAAAAUUGUUGUGCCCAGAGUCGAAAUUCUUAACAAUAAGGAGAAGAUGAUGUUCUGUAAGAGCAUAUUAAUUGCAUACAAUUUAUCAACUACGAAAAAAUAUGCAUACAAUUCAUUGUAUCGGCGAACAUAUUUGCGCUGAUUUUGAUACCGCUCCACAAUUGAAUAAAACCCAGAAGGGCAUUCAU